AUGGGGUGGACUAGAGGUCGUGUUCUUGGUCGUGGCUCCUCCGCCACCGUCUCCACCGCCACCUCCACCUCCGGUGAGGUUUUUGCAGUCAAGUCUAUGGAGUUGUCGCAAGCUCAAAGCUUGCGAAAGGAACAAUAUUUCUUGUCUACUUUGAGUAGUCCUUAUGUCGUGAGCUACAAAGGGUGUGAUGUUACUAAAGAAGAUAACAAGUUGAUGUACAAUCUUCUGAUGCAGUACAUGCCUUUUGGUUCCAUCGUCGACGGAAUAAAUGGAAUAAAUGGUGGCGGGUUGAAGAGUUCGGAGAUUUUAAGGUAUACGAGGGAGAUAGUUCGAGGGUUAGAGUACCUUCAUUCGAGAGGUGUAGUGCAUUGUGACAUUAAAGGCCGGAAUGUUUUGAUUGACGAAAGUGGUGCGAAGAUUGGUGAUUUUGGUUGUGCGAAAUGGGUUGAUGAGGAGGCGCCGAUUUAUGGGACGCCGAUGUUUAUGGCGCCAGAGGUGGCGCGAGGUGAAGAACAGGGGUUUCCGGCGGAUGUAUGGGCGCUUGGAUGUACAAUGAUUGAAAUGGCCACCGGUGGUUCACCAUGGUCAAACGUUACUGACGUGGCGUCGGUUCUUUACAGAAUUGCAUUCUCCGGGGAAAUCCCUGAAAUCCCAGAUGAAUUUUCCGAUGAAGCGAAGGAUUUCGUUAGAAAGUGUUUGAAUCGGGAUCCAAGAGAGAGGUGGACUACGAAACAGCUUCUCAAACACCCGUAUCUCCAACAAUUUGACGACAAUUCAAAGCAAAUGAUAUGUGAAAAAAUCUAUACGGAUUCACCGACGAGUAUACUUGAUCAAGACGUGUGGAAUUCAAUGGAAGAACCGUCGUCGUCGUCGGUGGGAACUGAUUUUACUCCACCCACGUGUUCCUCGAACUCUUUGAGGCAAAGAAUCAAACAGUUGGCGGACAAGUCAGAGAUACCAAAGUGGAGAUGUGAAAAGGAGGAAACCGAGUGGAUCACGAUCAGAAUCAAUGAAGAUGGUGACGGAAAAGCAAACAGAGGGGCGGUGACAGGUGCGGUAGGUAAUGAGAUGGAGGUGGGUUGCACCAUGAGUGGCGGUGAAUAUGAUGAGUUGUUCAUUAGUUUCGUAGAUACCCCAAAAAUUAGUUGUAGAAAAAUAGCUGUAAAAGCAAGUAUUGGGCUGGCAUUAAAUGCAUCCAAUGCGAAUUUACUUAGACAUAGUGGUUUACCUUCUGAUUUUAAUAUGAUGAUAGUGAAUUGA